UAAUUCCAUCCUCACAGACAUCAAAAGAGGACUUUCAGCUGACCUUCGACAUUAAACCGUCCUUGAGUCCUGACAUAUACAAGCUUUAAGAUACCCUUAAUUUUAAAGGCACACUUUUUUCUGCCUUUUUCUUUCUCUUUCUUUUUGUGAUACCCAAGUUUCUUUGAUACCCCCCAAAACAUUUUUCACAAUGUCGGACGCACAGAAGCCCGUUGAGGUCCCGAAGGACGCCGCCGCUGCCCCGGCAGUCGAGCCUACCGUUGCUGCCCCCGAGGCUGCCCCCGCUGUUGUCGAGGCCCCUAAGGAGGCCGAGCCCGUUGCCGCUGCCACCACCGCCGAGUCCGAGACUGCUGCCGCUACGACGACUGACGAGCCCGCCGCCACGACUGAGGCUGCUACCGAGACCCCGGCUGCUGAGACGGAGGAGGCCAAGAAGGAGGAGAAGGAGGUUACCCCAAUCGAGGAGGGCUACCUUGAGUCCAAGGGCACCAAGUUUCCCCAGAACUUUAUCUACACCAAGCGCUUCUUUUGGUUCGGCACUGAUGCCGUCGAGCCUAAGAACCUGGCCUCUUUCGUUAAGUCUGAAAAGUCAUCUGAGAGUGCCCAGAACAUCGCCGCAUGGGCCAGCCACACCGGCGAGGGUCUCCUUUUCUUCACUGAGAAGGGCACCGACAAGACUGCUCCCGGUGGCGCCAUCCAGCUGAGCGAGGCCUCUGAGCCAACUGCCGACGGCCCCACCAAGUUCCACUUUACUGCUAAGGGCCACAAGCACACCUUCAAGGCCGCUACUGCUGCGGAUCGUGACAACUGGGUCGCCCAGAUCAAGGCCAAGUCUGCCGCUGCCAAGGAGCUUGCCCCUACUGUGAUCGAGAGCGAGACGUACAAGAAGACCCUGGAGAGCUUCAAGCCCGCUGCUCCUGUCGUUCCCGUCAAGAAGGAAGAGCCCAAGGCCGAGGAGCCCGCCGCUGAGGUCGCUGCCGCUACCGAGGCCGAGCCUGCCACCGAGGCCAAAGAGGCUGAGGUCCCCAAGAUUGAGGAGCCCGCUGAGGCUAAGGAGGCUGCUGCUGCCAAGGAUGAGAAGAAGGAGGAGCCCCAGCGUCGCUCUGCUAGCCGCAAGCGCGCCUCGAUCUUCGGCUCGCUUCUGGGCAAGAAAGAUGCCAAGAAGGAGGAGGCCAAGCCUGAGGAGGCUGCUGCCACUCCUGCUGAGGCCCCUGCCACCGACGCUGUUGUGGCUGAGCCAACCGAUGCCGCUGUCGAGACUCCCGCCGCUGCCCCCGUUGAGGCCGCCGCUACUGAGGCUCCCGCUGCGACUGAAGAGAAGAAGGAGGAGGAGAAGGCUGCCCCUGUCAAGCCCACUCCUGUUAAGCGUAACAGCCUGUUCGGCAACUUGAGCUUCGGCAAGAAGAAGACCGCUGAGCCCGCUGUUGCCGCUGAGGCUGCACCUGUUGUUCCUGCCAAGGAGGCUGAGGCCGGCCCUGUCGCUGACGCCGCCCCUGUCAUCCCUGCCGUUGAGACUUCUGCUCCUCUCUCCGCAGAGGUUGCCUCGCCCGCGACUGUCCCCACUGAGACCGUUGAGGGUAGCGCUGCUGUCCCCGCCACCGCCGCCGCUGGCGAGUCUGCCAAGAAGGAGAUGAAGAGCGAGAAGCGCAAGUCGUCGCUUCCCUUCGCUUUCGGCAAGAAGGACAAGGCUACUUCAUCGGACGAGGAGGGUGAGAAGACCCCCAAGUCUCCUUCGGCUUUCUCCAAGCUCCGUGCCACCAUCAAGGGCAAGAACAAGGCUGAGAAGCCCGUUGAGAAGCCCGAGGCUACUCCCGAGGAGACUGCCGAGAAGACUGAGGCCGAGGUCCCCAAGGCCGCUGAGAGCACCGAGGCCAAGGUCGAGGAGCCCGCCAAGCCCGUUGAGGCUGAGGCCGCAGCCCCUGCUCCUGUUGUCGAGGAGGCCCCCAAGCCUGUCGCUGCCACCCCUGUUGUUGCUGCCUCGGCUUAGGGGACGCGAAGCAGUUUGCCACGCUUGAUCAGAAGAUCCAGGUAGCCAUGCCGGCUAGUGGAUUCGGUGAUCUUGUAUUCGUGCGACGACCGUAACGCAUGCUCCUACGACACUUGACCUUUUGCUUGGAAGGAAACGCGUUUAUGCCCAUUUCCACCAUAUUUUUGUUGCACAACUCUACUUUCCGGGUUUCGGUCGGGAAACGGAUCUGCAUUUAAAUCAAGAUACCCUUGUCGACAUCAGUUGGAUUCUUGAUACCCCUUUGCUUAUACUCUCUUGAUUAGGGUUUGGCUUUGGAGAAUCUCAGCUCUCGACAUCAUCAGUUCGAUCAUUAUUUGGUUAUGUUUCCUUUGGUUUCAUCGUUUUGCUCUUUUCGUUUUGCAGAAAAAACAUCGCAUCAAAAUUCCUCGACAAAAAAAUUCUUGAAAAAACACCAUCACUUGAUCUUUGCGUUUCCUUUUCAGUUUCGGCUGUCUCGUGUCUUGAUUACUGUCUUUUUUUGAUACCCAGUAUACCCAGACCCGUCGUUCAGCGAUGUUCGAAAGCACACAAAUCUGUCUGUCCUUUUCAAUAUAAAACAAAGAACUACAUAAAAAUAUCCUGGGGGUCAAGGGGAAAGGGGAGUCUGUCUGAUGGGGAUUUUGUUUCUGAUAAAAACGCCCCCUACCUAACAGUCGGCGCUCACGCAAAUGCCUCUCCUCGACUUGGCUGCGAGUUGUCCUGGGUGACGUUCCCCAUGUUCCCGAGAGAGGGGUUCUUUUGUUCUGGGUUCGGCUUGUUAUUCGUUGGGAGGAUGUUAUAGGCCUAUCCGAGCGAUUCCCGUCACACUUUUUAAUAGCUAAUAAAAACCCUCUCGCAUGUUUGUUCAA